GUGUUCUACUGAUCUUGGCACUGACAGAAGAGCUGGUGUUUUCUGUUCAGGUACUGUCUCCCACUGUCUCCUCCUCUCAGGGCUUCCCAAUGGACACUACCACUGUCACAGCCAUGGGGACAACACCUCGGCACAAAGACAGCCCCGCCACGGAGCCUCUUCCCACCUCCGCUCACACCGUUCCCCGUCCUUCCCCCGGGCAAAAGCAAGCGAGCAGCGGUGAAAAGGAAACAUAUCAUUUGUACAACCAGAGCGCUUUGUACUCGGGACAGACUCGCCCCAAGGUGAAAAUAUUCCAGGUUUUCAAAGGCAACUUCACAGAGUCCUCAGAGCCUUACCUAAAGACCACCCUGCAUUCUCCCUUCCCUACCCUGAGGAGCCCUUUCACAGAUCACCCGUUCCAGUCCCAGACAGCUGCAUCCAGCGAUCCGAACGGCACGGGGCUGGCAAGAACUACACACUCAGACCCUCCUCCUCAACGUAACGCUUCGGGAAGCCUCCUGGGAGCAGAGCAAAGGGACGGGGCCAAGCUCGUGGGGCAGGAUGCAGAUCUUGCCACCAGCACAACUGCUGGACCAUCCACAAAUCCUGAAGCAGCAUCGGUGCCUUUUAAACCCACCCGCUACAGCGUGUGGGAUAUGCUGAGCGAAAACAACUCUUGGGUAACCUUGAACCUCAGUACAAACGUCCCUCUGUUUGCUGGCCCCGGAUCUGCCGCCACUGUGACGGGUCGCUCGGUCCAGACCGGUUUUGAUGUCGACGUCCCCUCCCCAGCAGCGGGAGACUCCGAGGGACCCUCCCCAAUGCAGCGUGGCGCGGUGACAAAUGCGACCUCACUGGGCAGCCCCCUCUCCGCAGCGCCCGCCACGAGGUUGUCCAGCCCCGUUUCCACAGCUGGCUCCACUGCCACUGGGAACUUUCUAAACAGACUGGUUCCUGCUGGGACCUGGAAACCUGGUGUGCAAGGAAACAUCUCCCAUGUCACUGAGGGGGACAAACCCCAGCACAGAGCAACCAUCUGUCUCAGCAAGAUGGACAUUGCCUGGAUCAUUCUGGCUAUCAGCGUACCUAUAUCUUCAUGUUCAGUUCUGCUGACAGUCUGCUGCAUGAGGAGGAAGAAGAAGACAUCUAACCCAGAAAACAACCUGAGCUAUUGGAAUAAUGCCAUCACCAUGGACUACUUCAACAGACAUGCUGUGGAGCUACCGAGAGAGAUCCAGUCCCUGGAGACUUCAGAGGUACCUCAUUUGCAGAAGGCCCCCCCCCCGGAGCCGCGCUCCCCUGCCAACGGCGACUACCGCGACAGUGGGAUGGUCCUCGUGAACCCCUUCUGUCAAGAAACACUAUUUGUAGGACAUGAGCAAGUCUCUGAAAUCUGA